AAUGAUGUCUUCGCAAACUUCAAAUCAAAAUAAGCCCAUGUUCCACGCUACAUUUCUUGAUGGUAUCCGUGGUUUGGCAGCUUUAAGUGUCGUUUAUGCUCACUCCCAGACUCAUUAUAAACAACGUUUGGCUUUUAAUACAUUCAACAAAGUGGGAACUUAUGGAGUAAUCAUGUUUUUUGUGCUUUCCGCUUUUUUACUUACUCUUCGGAUGCUAUUGGAUUGGGAACAGUAUCACGAAAAGAGAGAAAAGAAAAAAGAUACUGAUUCAGUUGUUGUAAAUCAUUUAGAAAGUGGUGUGGAUCUUGAACAAAACUUAUCAAAG